AUGACAUAUUCCCUGUUCUCUAUAAAUUGUACAAAGCAAACUUGUUUUCAAGAGAUACCAAUAGUCUUCUUCACAAAUACAAAAAAAGAAAAAAUUGCUGAGCAGUUGUGGGCUUAUUCGUUAGAUCUGAAAAAAACUGCUUGGUUGGAAUAUCACAUUUUGCAUGGCUGUUUAACAUCCAUUUUGGAAUAUCGUCGAUUACUUCUUAUUGACGAAUGGUUAAAAUGUAUUGAGCAAGUGAGGUGUAAGAGGCUUAACAAAAUAAUCUCAGACGCCGAAGUGCUGUUUAGACUCGAUCGAGUAUCACAGAGUAAAGUCGGGUUGGAGGGAAGAAGAAUAAAACACGUAGCGAGAAGAAAUUACACGUAUUUAAAAAAGAAAGUGAAAACACUAUCACAAGCAAAGAGGAAGGACGUCGUUGUGUAA